GAGGAUACGACUAUUGAGUCCGAUGUUGGGAGGGGCUUCGAACGAAUACUACAGACGACAAAAGACUCCAUCGCAAGGAAACACAAAGACAUGCUAACGCAUAUAGAGAAGCUCAACACAGAGAAGUCGCGGCUUAUAGAAAACAAUGAUGCAUACAAGCAAUACGCUGUCAGGUACUACGACAUGGCAUACCAUCUGUUGUGUGAGGUGGCCAUCCAAUCAGAAGUCAACCAGCGGCUGCACUCUAUCCUGGAGGGGGCUCUCUCGUAUUUGCCGGGAGAGGUGUGUUGUGUUAUUAAAGGAUUAGGCACACCGCCAAAGAGAAGUGUAUGCGCGCGUUAA